CGGGAGCAGCCGGCGGCGCCGCCAUCGCCUCAGGCCGGGCCGGGCCCCGCUCCCCUCACCAUGAGCUUCCUCUUUGGGAGCCGAUCCUCAAAAACCUUCAAGCCCAAGAAGAACAUUCCUGAGGGCUCCCACCAGUACGAGCUCCUGAAGCACGCGGAGGCCACCCUGGGCAGUGGGAACCUCAGGCAGGCUGUGAUGCUGCCCGAGGGAGAGGACCUCAACGAGUGGAUUGCAGUGAACACUGUGGAUUUCUUCAACCAAAUCAACAUGCUCUAUGGGACCAUCACGGAGUUCUGCACGGAGACCAGCUGCUCUGUCAUGUCUGCAGGACCAAGGUAUGAGUACCACUGGGCAGAUGGCACCAACAUCAAGAAGCCCAUCAAGUGCUCGGCCCCCAAGUACAUCGACUACCUGAUGACCUGGGUGCAAGACCAGCUGGAUGAUGAGACCCUCUUCCCUUCCAAGAUAGGUGUCCCUUUUCCCAAGAACUUCAUGUCAGUGGCCAAGACCAUCCUGAAGAGGCUGUUCCGGGUCUACGCCCACAUCUACCACCAGCACUUCGACUCAGUCAUGAGGCUGCAGGAGGAGGCCCAUCUCAACACCUCCUUCAAGCACUUUAUCUUCUUCGUGCAGGAAUUCAACUUGAUCGACCGGCGAGAGCUGGCUCCUCUGCAGGAACUGAUUGAGAAGCUGGGCUCCAAGGACAGAUAAAGGUCCCUCUUGGCUCUCCUCUCUGCUCUCUACUCCAGCCACCUUGUGCUUCGCCUCCAGCGGCGCCCCAGACACCAGCCCCUGGUGACAUCAGGAAGCGUCACCUCCUCCACGCAGCAGCCUGGGCUGGUUUCAGGUUGUUGGUUGCCCUGUGGAGCCUCACCCUGUGCAGCCCACGUGGCUGAAGACCCAUGCUCUGGGACUCAGACUUGGUUGGUGUUUCCUUGAGCCACGGGAUGAAGUUGGAAUUGCUGCACAACUGUUUUCUCCUCCCAAGUUCUCCUCUGGCCUUGAGCAGCAACCCUGGAGCCCCGAGCAGCUCAGCUUAUUUUUGGAAGUGCUUUAUUUGGCUGAGGUGCACCCAGAGCCUUAAGCUCCCCUUGGCCUUGUGGGGAGGGAGGAAAAGAAGUGCCUGUCCCCUUCCCCUGCCUGAGGGGUGUCCCCUUCCCCUGCCUGGGGGGGCUGAGGAAGGGCCCCCCCCUGCCUGGCAAGGCAAUAUAAAGUUUCUCUUCCUGCUCUUCUC